CAAAUUCAAUGUUCAAACAACUAUCCAAACCUCAAACACUAGUUACUCAUUCUUCACAUUUUAUAUUUGUCUAAACAUAUAUAUGGAUAUGUCUGGGACUGGGAGCUCCAAGUCAGAGUCCUUCACUGGCGGCGUGUGUUCACCCUCAUCAUCUUCUUCAACCCCCAGCGGAAGCUCCAGCGCCACUGCUAUUCUUUCAGAUGAUAGACAUGUCAUUCUAGCUUGCGACAGCCCGAAGAAGCGGGCCGGAAGGAAGAAGUUCCGCGAGACGCGCCACCCUGUGUACCGCGGCGUGCGCUUGCGGAAUUCCGGCAAGUGGGUCUGCGAGAUUAGAGAGCCCAACAAAAAAUCAAGGAUCUGGCUUGGCACUUUCGACACCGCCGAAAUGGCGGCGCGUGCACAUGAUGUGGCCGCCAUUGCAUUAAGAGGGCGUUCCGCUUGCCUCAAUUUCGCCGACUCCACAUGGCGGCUGCCCGUUCCGGCGUCGACGAGCGCUCAGGACAUUCAGAAGGCCGCGGCCGAGGCGGCCGAGGCUUUCCGCCCUCAGUCAGCCGAGGCCGAGUCAGUUCCCGAGGCUGUCGCCGAAGCCGCCGCGUUCACGGAGAAUCCAUUUUUGAUGGAUGAAGAAGGUAUGUUUGGAAUGGAUGGAUUGGUGUCGGAUAUGGCUGAGGGGUUGAUGCUCUCUCCACCACCCCUCUUCAAUAAUCACAUCCAACCGGAACCCGAACUCGAACUGGAAGAUGAUAUGCCACUGUGGAGUUUUUCUAGUUAAAGUUCCUCACUUAAAAAUAUGAAACAUUAAAUUUUUGUUCUACUUGUUUUGGCAAGCUCCAAGGUCAGGAAAGAGAUGCACAAAUAUGGAAAGACAUGUUUCUAAUAAAUAAGCAUCAUUCAACGCA